AUGGUUCACCAGUAUACUUUUGGAGUAAUGUCAUCAUCGAACGAAUUUAUCGUAUAUCUAGAACCAACUCAUUCUUCGGAUUUAUGGAAAUCUGUGAAUGAGUUUGUUCAUUCUACAGCCAUUCAAUUUUACCCAACAACUGCAUCUCGCUACAAUUGCCAUGCCAGCAUGACCGGGUUUUUUAAGAUUGAUUCACAAGAUGCAAGUUCAACUAUACGUGAUUUAUCAAUUAUUCUGGAGUCAACAGUACAGUCUUAUUUUAAAAAAGGUGCUUUGCAAGUGGGAAAAAAAUCAAUACUGGUAAAGAACUUGGAUAAAGAGCACCCAAAGCAAAUAAAAGCCUAUCUGCUUUUGCCAGUGACCGUUCUGAGCCUAUACCAUCAAGGUACACAGUCUUUUGCGGAUCGGUGCAAAACAGUUUUUGGAAUCCAAGUUCGGCCAAAACCAAUUAAUCAUAUCAGCCUUGCGUAUUGGGACGAACCAGAUGCAUUGCCGCAGCAAACUGAAGAGUGGAAUCGUUUAAUUAUGGAGGAUAAAUUAUUGGAGCGUAUGGAAAAGACCGCGAAUGAAAUGUUUGAAAAAGUAUCAAAUCCGGAUAGUUGGGAUAUUGUUUUGUACGAACGGGUGGUAAAAGGACAUGCUAUCGGUGAGAUGCAUAAGUUUGUUGAAUGUAGACGGUGUAAGGUCGCAAAUGAGAUUGUUGAAUUAUAA